AUGUCUUCUCGAUCAUCCGUCCACAUACUGGUUUUGGGUGAUAUUACCCGUUCUCCUCGUAUUAAAAAUCACGCCAAAUCAUUUGCUCUAGAAGGGUGGAGAGUAAAGUUUUCUGGUUAUAGUGGCAGCCAACCAGAUACUGAUGAAGAUAUUGAAUAUUGUUACCUAAAUGAACCGCCUCCGUGUCUUGAUGCGCUGCCUCGGAUUCUUUCGCUUCCAUUAAAGUGGCUCUUUCUGUCAAUAUGUCUACUUGUACAUUUGAUUCUUCAUAUGAAGGAGGAUAUCCUUCUAGUCCAAUCACCUCCAGCUGUACCUACCUUCUCUGUAGUUCAUUUUUUCGCCUUUUUUAAAGCAUGUCCGGUUUGUAUUGAUUGGCAUAACUAUGGUUACACUGUGUUAUCAGCGACUUCUCGUCGAAAAACUUUUACUGCUAGUAUAUACAAAUUCAUGGAAAUAUCUUUCGCUGCUUGGUUCUUCAAUCCAAAAUCAUUCCUUAGGACAUCCCAUUUUACGGUGUCAGAGGCCCUUAAAGAGGAUUUGCUAAAACAAACCGGCAUUGAGGCUACGGUGGUUUAUGACAGACCCACUAAUGAAUUCAAACCAACCAGUUUGGAAGAUGCACACAACCUAUUUACCCGUUUAUCCCAAACCUAUCCACAACUGCGAAAUUUAAGUGGUUCAACUGAGGGCACAGUCUUUACAGAAGCGUCAAGUUCUCCCGAAGGUAGUUGUCAGUGGCGAUCAGACCGUCCAGCCCUCGUAGUCAGUGGAUGUUCCUGGACACCAGACGAUGAUUUUACUGUCAUGAUUGAAGCUUUAGAUAUCUACAAUACUGUUGUGGCUUCUUCACCCAAUAUUCAUUAUCACAAACUCAUCUGCAUUGUUACUGGUAAAGGACCACUGAAGGCGCAUUUCCAAGCUAUGAUUGCGGGGAGAAAUUGGGAACAUGUGGAAGUUCUCACUCCGUGGUUGGAAUGGAAUGACUAUCUUCUGCUUCUUGGUUCUGCUGAUCUGGGUGUUAGUCUGCAUCACAGCACUUCUAAUUUAGACCUCCCUAUGAAGGUUGUUGACCUACUUGGUGCUGAAGUACCAGUGCUCGCCUUGGCCUACCCUGCUCUUUCUGAACUCCUCCCGGACGGCCAAUUGGGUUACCAUUUCAGAACCCCCAACGAAUUAGCCAAUUAUCUAGAACAACUCUUGAUGCCAAAAGAAGACUUCCAGGGCGUGGGAGAUUCUCUUGACCUCAUCCGCCUUAAACGAAACAUCCACACUCUUAAACAAUCUACCGACAUGUCAUGGCAUACACAUUGGUGUGACACCGUUCUCCCCGUCUGUAGGCAACUGGUUUCUUAA